AUGGUCGAGAAUGAGACAUGUGCUGAUUUCGAUUCUUUUAAUCGCAUGAUCUCAUGUAUAAGCCCAUUGCCUUUGGAGAAGCAGUUUCAAGAUGUUUACACAAAUGCAAAGUUCAAAGAAGUUCAUGAGCAGUUUGGAAAACUUAUGACUUGUAAUAACUCUCUUAUCAAAAGUGAAGGUGCGAUUUCUACCUAUGAAGUUAUUGAAUUCAUUGUCUCUGUUGAAAGCCACAUGAUAGAAAAAACAUUUCUUGUUUACUUGAAUGAAGAUGAAUUAGAAGUGAAGUGUACUUGUACGUUAUUUGAAUUAAGAGGCAUCUUAUAUAGGCAUUCUAUUUCUGUGUUAGUGACAAAGAAAGUGAGAACGUUGCCAUCAAGAUAUUUUCUUGACAGAUGGAGGAAGGAUAUAAAGCGAGAGUACUCUAUGAAUAAGAGUAGUUUUGAUGCUGUUGAUGAUAAUCCUAAUGCCCAAAUGCAUGACAAGAUUAUAAAUAAUUUGGAAGAAUUAGUAUCGCUCGCAUCAGGAAGCGUAGAACGUUGCAUGGAUGUGAUGUAUAAUAUUGAUAAGUUAAAAGAGAAAUUUCGUGAAUUAAACCUUGCGCCAAGUCACUCUUCUCAUAGCAUUUCAAUUGCUGUCGCAUCUUCUAGUUGUAAUGAAGUCAUUAAAAGUGAUAAGAUGCUUAGUCCUAUUAAGGUUAAACGUAAAGGGAAGCCACCAACAACGAAAAAGGUGCCCGUUAUUGAGAAAGUGCCCAAUAAAUCCCAAAUGUGGAUAUUCCAUGGCUGGAAUCCGGCCGACUCCUCGCAAAUCCAAGCUCAAGAGAGUAGUGAUGCUUUUUCCUUCAGGACGUGGGGUGUAGCACUUGCGGCUGAAAAGCCUGCAAGCAUUGCGUUUCCGGUCGUUUUGGACAAGGUGAUAAGCACUGUGGGUAAAAUGGAGAAGCUUGCAUGA